AUGAUGCCCCUGACCGGGACAGGAGCGAGGAGAGCGGGUUACCGUCCGUGGAAGCUGCGCCACUCCGAAGGUAAGGCCGUGUCCCCGUCCGCUGCUCAGCAGGCCCCCCCGCGGCGGCUCACAGCCCCGGAGCUGUCUGAGCCCCAGGUGACGGAGCACCUGCGGACCUGGUGGGGAGGAAGCCCCGCCGCAGCGGCCGGUGCGGCGGGGGCGCCUCCGCGAACAGGGCCGGCCGGGGGGGCUUUUGCUUUGGUACACCCAAAGCACACCCCGCCCCACCCGUCAGCACUCACCCGGCUUUGCUCCCUUCUUCUGUGUUCCAGUCUGCCAAUGAAAACGGUGGCGGUCCUUGGAGGGGGCAUUGGGGGCUUGGCUGCAUCCUACUACCUCUGCAGGAACCCCCAGGUUACCAAGGUCAUUGUUCUGGAGUCCAGCAGUCGUUUUGGAGGUUGGCUCUGGUCUACGAGGAGGGAUGAUGGGGCCGUAUUUGAGCUUGGACCCAGAGGGAUCCGGCCUGCGGGGGCGGUGGGACGCAACACUCUCAACAUGGUCAGCGCCCCCCCGAACCAGCUGGCGUCAUAUUCAGGAGGCUGCACGGUGGCAGGUGUGGGCUGGAGGAGACAGGAGGUGGAAGACCUGGGUCUGCAGGGGGAGAUCCUGCCCGUCUCCUACAGCCAUGUGGCCUCCAAGAACAGAUUUCUCUACGUGAACGGACAGCUUCACAAGAUGCCCUCUGACCUCAGGGGGCUGCUGCGAACCCUCCCUCCCUUCUCCAGACCCCUGCUGUUCAACCUUGCCUCUGAGAUUCUGGUCAGCAAAGGCAAAGAGGAGGAUGAAUCCAUCCAUUCUUUUGUGUCCAGGAGGCUGGGACAGGAGCUGGCGGACAUCGCGGUGGACAGCAUGUGUCGGGGCGUGUUUGCGGGGGACUGCAGGCAGCUGAGCGUGCGCUCCUGCUUCCCGCUGUUCCACCGGGCAGAGCAGCGCCGAGGCUCCCUGCUGCUGGGCCUGCUGCUGGGCUCAGCCCCACGCUGGAGCUCCACGCCGGGGCUCCACGCCGGGGCCCCACGCUGGAGCUCCACGCUGGAGCUCCACGCCGGAGCCCCACGCUGGAGCUCCACGCCGGGGCUCCACGCCGGGGCCCCACGCCGGAGCUCCACGCUGGAGCUCCACGCCGGAGCCCCACGCUGGAGCUCCACGCCGGAGCCCCACGCUGGAGCUCCACGCCGGGGCCCCACGCUGGAGCUCCACGCCGGGGCCCCACGCUGGAGCUCCACGCUGGGGCCAGGCGGGCUCAGGCUGCAGCUCUGGCUGACUCCUGCCUCUGUCAGCCUAACGCUGACCCUCUGGACGCCCACAGGUCCCACCCCCCAGGUGGCCCCGGGAGCUUUGGCCCAGAGGGCCAUGAAGGAGUCGUGGGCUCAGUGGUCUCUGAGGGGGGGGGUGGAGUCCCUGCCAGAGGCCCUGGUGGAGCAGCUGCAGCAGAGCGGCAGGGUGCAGCUGCACAGAGAGGCGCGGGUCACACAGGUCCAGCCCUCAGCCUCCGGCUGGACGGUCCACCUGGAGGACGGAGUCCUGGCGGCUGACCACGUGAUCGCUGCGCUGCCUGCUGCCGCCCUGUGUGGUGUGCUGCCCCCCUCCUGCCAGCCCCUCCUGCAGCAGCUGCGGGGCAUCUCUGCGGUGACCGUGGCUGUGGUCAACCUGGAGUACGAGGGCUCCAUCCUGCCCGUGACGAUGCUCCUCUGGGAGCUCUGGAACAUGAGCGUGGAGACCCGAGGGACAUCGUUGGGGCUCAGUGGUGUGAAAGGGAUGGAGUUUCCUUUUAAGGCAGGGAGCUUUGAAAGGACGCUGGAUGUAGAGUGGGAACUGGUGUCUGUGCUUCCUCUGCUGCCUGAGGACCGGCACAACCAGAAGGACAGAUGGGUGGAGGAGGGGACAGCUUUGCUGUGUGCACCGGGGGUCUGGGCCUACAGCCCCACAGCUGUGAGGGUUCUGCACCGACUGCAGACAGCUCCGUCCAGCUCUGUAGGGGCAGCUUUAGCUGAUCAGCAUCUCUGGCAGGGUCGGGGCUUUGGUCACCUGGUUCCAUCAUCAGAGGACAAAGGUUUGCUGGGAGUGGUCUACGAUUCUGUUCCAUUUCCUCAACACAACAGACCUGAUGGACAGACAACCAGAUUGACGGUGAUGAUGGGCGGGGCCUGGUUCCAGGAAGAGUUUGGAUCUCCAGAGUCGGUGACGACAGAGUGUCUUUUAGCAAGAGCCUCUGAGGCCGUGUGCAGCCACCUGGGAGUCAGCGCCGCCCCCUGCUGGAGCCAAGUGACACUGCACCAGGUACCCCAGAGCCCCGUCCUCACACAGAGCCCCGUCCCAGACACAGAGCCCCGUCCUCACACAGAGCCCCGUCCUCACACAGAGCCCCGUCCUCGGCCAGAGCCCCGUCCCAGAGACAGAGCCCCGUCCUCACACAGAGCCCCGUCCCAGAGACAGAGCCCCGUCCUCAAACAGAGCCCCGUCCUCACACAGAGCCCCGACUGCAUCCCUCAGUACCACCAGGGACACUUCCAGAGAGUGGAGUCCAUGCGCAGCUUCAUAAAGGAGAAGAACCUCUCUCUGUCUCUGACCGGCUCCUCCUUCGACGGCGUCUCGGUGAAUGAUGUCAUCUUUAGUGGACGGACAGCUGUGGAUGAGUUGCUGGGCGCUGGAGUUUGA